UAUAAAGCGGCUGGUCCGGUAUUUCUGCCGCCACCAUGUCAGAAUAUCGGGCCGGCCGCUCAGCUCUUCUCUCCUGCAGGACGUUACCUGUUCCUCGGUCCAGCGCUUUACAGUCUUCCCUCGCCGGCUUCUGUCCGCAGUCUCUGGUCAUCUCCUUUACUGUCUGCAGUCUCUGGUCAUCUCCUGUACUGUCUGCAGUCUCUGGUCAUCCCCUGUACUGUGUCCGCAGUCUCUGGUCAUCUCCUGUACUGUGUCCGCAGUCUCUGAUCAUCCCCUGUACUGUGUCCGCAGUCUCUGGUCAUCUCCUGUACUGUGUCCGCAGUCUCUGGUCAUCUCUUGUACUGUGUCCGCAGUCUCUGAUCAUCUCCUGUACUGUGCCUACAGUCUCUGGUCAUCUCCUGUACUGUGUCCGCAGUCUCUGGUCAUCUCCUGUACUGUGUCCGCAGUCUCUGAUCAUCUCCUGUACUGUGCCUGCAGUCUCUGGUCAUCUCCUGUACUGUGUCCUCAGUCUCUGAUCAUCUCCUGUACUGUGCCUGCAGUCUCUGGUCAUCUCCUGUACUGUGUCCGCAGUCUCUGGUCAUCUUCUGUACUGUGUCCGCAGACUCUGGUCAUCUCCUGUACUGUGUCCGCAGUCUCUGGUCAUCUCCUG